AUGUCGGCUCCGCGCACGGUCAAGUGCUGGGCUGCGGCGAAGCCAAAGGCCGCGCUCGAGGAGGUGUGCAUGGAGGUGCCAUCGCUUGGUCCCCACGGCGUCGAGCUACGGGUGCAGUUUUGCGGCCUCUGUGGCUCGGAUGUGCACCUGAUCAACUCAGACGGCGGCUACGCAGACUUCACCGGGUUUGCAGUCGGCAAGCCGCAGGUGUGCGGACACGAGGUGAUCGGCAUCGUCACCGCGGUUGGAGAGGAGGUCACGCACGUCAAGGUGGGCGAGCGCGCGGGCAUCGGCUGGCAGAACGGCGCGUGUCACGAGUGUGAGUGGUGCAAGAAGGGCGACGAGCAGCUCUGCGCUUCGGUCAAGGCGACGUGCUGCGAAGGCAACGUCGGCGCCUUCGCCGACUACGUCCGCAUACAGGACGGCAAGUUCUGCUUCGCCAUCCCGGAAGCGUGCGACUCGGCGCAGACGGCACCUCUGAAGCCGCCGCGACUCUGCUCCGCGCCGCUGCUGUGCGGCGGGCAGACCGUCUGGACGCCGCUGGUGCAGCAGACCAAGGACGGCGACAAGUUUGCGAGCGCGCUCGGCCGCGAGGUGACGGCGCUGUCGGGGUCCGCCUCAAAGGCGGAGGAGGCCAAGGCGCUCGGCGCGCACGCCUUCGCCGGCACGCUCGACUUCAUCUUGGUGACACUCGCCACCACUCAGACGGGCGGCCGCAAGGAGAUGGAGUCCAUGCUCGCCUUCUGCGCCGAGAAGGGCAUCGGCGCGAGCGUCGUCCUGCGCCCGAUGGACGAGGUGAACGCGUGCCUGGCGGAGCUCGAGAGUGCAAAGCACGCGAAGCGCUUCGUGCUCACGCGCGACUAG